AUGUAUAAUAACGCCUUUAGCAUCAUCAAACUUCUGUCUGCAAUCAGUCUAGGAUAUAUGUUCUUAUGCUCUGAAGCAGAAGCAUAUCAUCCAGGACAAACAGAAGCCGAGGCGCUUAUUAUAUGGAAACAAAGCUUCCAAAACCAAUCAGCCUUUACUUCUUGGGUCUUACCACAAAAACAAAGUUAUUCUUCCUCCAUCAAUAGCCCAUGUCGUUGGCAAGGAAUCGCUUGCGACAACCAUGGAAGAGUCACCAACAUUACCCUGCCUCAGUUAGAAUUGCAAGGUACACUUGAUGCCUUAGAUUUCUCUUCAUUCCCACAUUUAAGUUACCUUGACCUCAGUCAGAACUAUAUCAGUGGCAUAAUACCUUCUAGUUUAGGCAUGAUUUCUAAACUUAAAUACCUUGAUCUCUCAGUUAAUAUGCUGAAUGAUACCUUACCUCUUUCCCUUGCCAACCUGACAUUAGUUGAGCAGCUUUGCUUGUCUCGAAACAAUCUUACUGGCCGAAUAGACCCGAGUUUGUUCCCAAGUGCAACAAAGCAUGCAAAUUCUGGUCUGAUUAGUAUUGAAGUCAUAAUCAUUGGAAGGAAUUUUUUAGAUUGUCCAAUUCCCUCUACCAUAGGUAACUGCAAGAACCUUUCUUUCAUUGCUCUUGACAAUAAUCGAUUUUCAGGUCCUAUACCGGAGUCAGUGGGCAACUUGAGUGAGCUAAAUACCCUAUUUUUGUACCAAAAUUAUUUAACCGGACCAAUACCAACCUCUGUUGGUAGACUCAGCAAGUUAACUGACCUUCGCUUGUUUGAUAACCAAUUGUCUGGUCGCGUACCUCAAGAGAUCGGAAACCUAUCCAUCACCAACCUGCAGUUGUCUAGGAACAGUUUUACAGGAUUAAUACCCCCACAAUUGUGUAAGGGCGGUAACCUUGUCUACUUUUCAGCUUCUAGCAACAAUUUUGCAGGCCCAAUACCAGUAAGCCUAAAAAAUUGUCCCAAAUUGAAUAGAGUUUACCUCAAAAACAACCAACUUACUGGUGACCUUGAUCAGGCCUUAGGAGUGUAUCCUAGCUUGGUUUACAUCGACUUAAGCUUCAAUCGUCUAGGAGGUGAACUCUCACCAGAGUUGGGUAAGUCUGAAAACUUAACUGCUCUACUGAUAGCUGGUAACUCGAUUAGUGGUGAAAUACCAAAAGAAAUUUUCAGUUUGCCAAAUUUACAAAAAUUAGACCUCUCAUCUAAUAGGUUACAAGGAAACAUACCCCCAGAAAUUGGACAAAGCUCAAAAUUGUUCCAAUUAUCCUUUCAGAAUAAUAUGCUCUCAGGUCGAGUGCCUGUGCAGGUAGGAGCCCUACAAGAACUGAACCAAAUGGACCUCUCGAACAACAGUCUAACCGGGCAAAUCCCAUCUGAAAUUGGGAGUUGCUCAAAUCUGAUGAGCUUGAACUUGAGCAACAACCAUCUGAAUGGCUCAAUUCCAGAUGAGAUCGGGCAGCUAACUCAGCUGCAGAUGUUAUUGGAUUUGAGUUAUAAUUUUUUAACCGCGGACAUACCACUGAAUCUAGGAAAGCUACAACGCCUUGAAACAUUGAACCUUUCACAUAACCAUCUAAAAGGCAUUAUCCCUACAUCUAUAGCCACCAUUGCGAGCUUAGUAAGUGUUAGAUUUCUCGUAUAA